AGUACUGUUUUUUUUUUAGUUGGUGGUAAUUUCAUCGUUCUAUUUUGAGCGUGUUCAAUCGUACUCCAAAAAAGAGACGUUUAAUCCAUGUAACUGCUGGCUUUGACUGUACGUGGAAUUUAACCAUUUUUUGCGUAAACUUUGUCCGAACUUCAAACAAUGAAGAGCUCCGCUGCCGUUGUGUUUGCGUUUUCCUACAGUUCACUGUUGCAAGUAAUGCAAGUUUGUUCUUCUAUGCUUUCGGACAGCGUUUAUCAGGGCUUACACGAUGCGAUGACAAUAGAUGAGCUGAACUAUUACUUCGGAGUGUCCAAUCCGGCGGAUGCACCUGAGUACGAGGUAGUCACGUUGUCCGAUCCCGCGGACCAACCGGAUUGCACGUUUUUUGCUUUUGGCAGAUCGGUGAAGUUGUUCUUGGAACCCAACGACCGUUUGAUCGGUGAAAAUUUCGUGUGGAAAAUACGAGAUGACUCGGAGUUGGUAACAUACGAAGAAAAAUCGCCGAGACGAUGUCAUUAUAUGCACCGAAUAAGUCGCAUUGGCGACGGGGAUGUAACUGCAGCGUUUACUUACUGUCCAGGUAGCUCCAAAAAUGGUAUUGUGUUCCUACCGGACGUCACAUAUGAAUUGCAGUCCAUAAGUACUGGGCUGUGUCGAUAUCGUUGCGACGACGAUAGUAAGAAUGCGUUCAUUUUAAAACGAGCGCCGACGAUCAAUCACACGUGGACCGACGGAUUUGAUGUAUUGCAAAGGCCCGGCGAAAACUAUGCUUUCAUGUCACCAGACCUUUUUGUAGAUGACACAAAAUACGACGAGGAUGGAACGGCGGCAGCGGUGGCAACAACAACGGCGAUACCCGUAUUGGAGACAGCGCUCUAUUUUGAUGAACCUGCGUAUAAAACAUUUUCGGAGUAUUUUAAACACGAUGACGAACACCUUGUCGAUAUGAUUCUUGCCUACGUCAAUGCUGUUCAAGUACUGUACCACCAUCCGAGUUUGGGACAAAAAAUUGAAAUCGUCUUGGUAAAAUUGGAAAUAUUUAAAACACAACCUGCCGACUUGCCACAUUACGGUGGCGAGAGAAGUUUGUUAUUGGAUUCGUUUUGCGCAUUCAACAAGAAAUAUCGAAAACAAGAACAAUGGGAUAUCGGACUCUAUAUUUCGGGUUUAGACUUUUACGCAAUGGAAAAUGGACGCUGGAGUGGCUCCACCAUGGGUCUGGCAACUGUAGGCGGUAUCUGUUCGGAGAAAUAUUCAUGUAUUAUCGCAGAGUUUGGCUCUACAGACGCUCUAGGAAAACCGUACCCGUCUGCGGGCUUUACUUCCGUAUACAUAUUAGCACACGAAAUAGGCCACAGUUUAGGUAUGCAUCAUGAUGGCAAUACAAACAAUUGUCCAAAAGAAGGAUUUAUCAUGUCGCCAUCGAGAGGAAUAACUGGAGAAUUGUUAUGGUCAGAAUGCAGUGCACGCGUUGCAGAAAAUCUCAACAAUUUUGAAUGUCUCUUCAAGCAGUCUAGUAGUCGACAUUCGGCUACAGUCCAAAAGUUAAAUCACAACAAAUUCGCUGACAAACCUGGCCAAGCGUGGGACGCAAAAAAGCAAUGUGAAUUGCUGUUAUUGGACAACGACGCUCGGGUAAUGAGCAUUGAAACAAAUUUGGACUCGUCGCAACAACAGCCAGAAGAUAUAUGUGAAAAUUUACAAUGCGAAACGCCAAAUCGCCCUGGAUAUUAUUUUGCUGGACCAGCGUUAGAAGGAACCGCGUGCGGACCCAGCUCGUGGUGCGAGGCGGGAAAAUGCGUUAAAGGCAAACCGAAAAAACCUAAAAAGAUCAUAAAAGGUGGAUGGAGUCAGUGGAAGGUGCACGAGUGUACGUCAGGGUGUAUACAUAAGUCAAAAGGUUUUAGAUCCAGAACGAGGACGUGCAACAAUCCUAAACCGGUAAAUACGAUUGAGGGAUGUGAGGGACCCAGACACGAAGCCGUUCUCUGCAAAGACGACAAGACAUGUCAGAAGUCUAAAAAAAUUACUGCCGCGGAAUACGCGACAGCCAAGUGCAAGGAAUUAGCUUCCAUACUGCCGGUGUUGGACAAGGAGUACUCAGGCCUACAAGCACCUCACGAAAAUGCCCGCCCAUGGAUGGGAUGUUCGGUGUUUUGCCGGCGCAAAGAUACCGGGUCAUUCUACACCCCCAGGUUAGACGUGUCAAACUUACCGGUCGAUCCGUACUUCCCUGACGGAACUUGGUGCCACUCCGUGGACAACAAUAACUAUUACUGUCUGAAUCACGUUUGCACGCCCGAGGAUGACUUGAAACGGUCGGGUAAAAGUUCGACAGACACUGGGGGAGACUUUCCAAUGAUCAGUCAGAACGCUAGGCCACCGGGACCGUAUGUCGUACCGGAAGUUCUGUUACGUUACUUGAGUGUAGGUGCUGACGGCACGCCUUUGCUGACUACCAUUACGCCAGAUAUGGUCGACAAAACCGAUUAUGGUGAUUGGUCGAGCGACGAUUACGUGGACAUGCCUGACAGACCUUUGUAGAAGCACGUGCAGUACGCCAUUAACACACGAUGAGACUUAAAAAGGCAUAUAAUACAAAUCAGCCAUAUACGUAGUACAAUAAUAAUAAUAAUAAUAAUCUAUUCAUAUGGAUUGAAAAUUUCAUCCACAGCUUUAAUGAUGAUUCGUUCAAUAUGUACUAAUCGAUUAUACAACUAUUGCUUGUGUAUGUACACAUAAUAAACCUACAUACUAAGAUUUCGUUUCGGUCUACUUUAACAGUUUUAAAAACCGACUACGAUGA